AUAUUAUUUAAUCGGGUAUAGAUCAGUAUUAUAGCCGUCGACAAAAUAGGCUCAUAUAAGGAAAAAUAUUGUUACAUAAUGAUAAUCAUGAGAAAUUGCCAUGAACUGGUCAAAAAUCAUUGUACCUAUCUUCUCAUGAUUGUGUUCCAAAUCCGCCUUGUAAACUCUCUAUGCCAAAGUUACCCCAGCUUAAGGUGUUGUCCAGAUUCUGUUUGGGACGAUGAGCAAAACAAGUGUGUCGGUUGCCAAACAGGAUAUCUGGGUCCAAACUGCGCCAAAGUGUGUAGUCCUCCAAAUUACGGGAAAAGAUGUCAGUUCACGUGUACCUGUAAAGGAGCUGAAACAUGUCACCCAUCAUUUGGUUGUGUCUUACCGACAACAACAAUAACAAUACCAACAACAGCUACCUCUGUAAAAACAACAACUGAAGAAAACAUAGAAAAUACAAGAAAUACCGGAACAACAAAAUCUGGAAUUAAAGCAGCGUUUGUUACAAGAGAAACAACAGUUACAGCAAAUGUAGCCAUAGACAUAAUCUUUACUUCAAGUCUGCAAAAUCAGAAGUUCAUGGAAACCAGUAAUUUACAUAAUGAUACUUCCUACAUAGAUACUUCAAUAUUGGUUGGAAUAUUUAUGCUCUGUGGGUUGUUCGUCGUAUUGUUUGCUGUUUUUGUUGGAACACAGAUUCGAAACAAAUGUUUCAAGAGAAACAAUUCAACAUCUCAAAGCAGUUAUGGAGUAUAUUUAAAACCGUAUAACCUUUACAAUGCAGACCAAUCGUUGGAGUCAGAAAUUUUGCCUCAGGUAAACAUCAAUCUUCGAAACACGGAUUCUCUUUAUACUGUUGUUGAUAAUUAUCAUGUUCAUGCCUCUAACAAACUAAUUGAUCCACAUCCGUGUCAAUCAAACAUCAACGUUAAUUUACAGGCGGAAGAGGGAUCGGAACAGAACAAAACAUGGCCAAAGUACAUUGAGGUUGUUGCUUCACCGACGAAUAGCACCUGCUGUGAUCCUGGGGCCGAGUUCUCAUCGGCUACAUAUGUUCCUAUGACCUAAUUUAUUUUCUCAACAUGUCAACAGGUACCCGAUUUCGGCUGAAAUGUCUGACACAAACAGAAAGAAAGUAACUUUGAGU